UGACUUCAAGUAAAAACAGGGUGACUGUUGGUGUUUCACAUACAGCUGUCAACUAUUGAGUGUUAUAUCGACAUUAUAACACACACUUUUGAACGUAGGUGUCGCUAACAUCCCUACCCCAGCAAUUUCGUGCAAAGUCAAAGUCGAUGGCACUCGUCCAAAGCUCCGGCAGUCCAGUAGCAGCAGGUCUGAGUGUGACACAGGAAACAUCUACAUUUGUCGUUCCACAAGACAGCUAACAAAGCACCAUGACAUCUCUACUGAAAUGCUCGACAUCAACACAUUCCUUGCUGUAGGCGUUGCCGUGUUGUCGUUGUGGUGGUUUUCCGUCAGACGACCUGCAGGUGCACCUCCAGGACCUUGGCUGGCUGUACCACUGCUGGGUCACCUGCUGCUGAUGAUGAAGAAAGAUCCUCUGGAGCAGUUCGCAGCAUGGCGACGACAGUACGGUGACGUGUUCAGUCUGUACCUGGGCAGCCAGCUGGUGGUGGUGCUCAACGGCUACAAGGUCCUCAAGGACGCGCUGGUAAAAAAUGCCGACACCUUCUCCGACAGGCCAUUUGUUUGUCUUCAAGAUAUACUAACCGACAGCAAAGGCAUUAUUGACACCUCUGGUCCUGUGUGGAAAGCCCAAAGAAAGGUUUCUACACAGAUUCUACGUGAGCUAGGGAUGGGCACAAACGUCCUGGCGGCAAAGAUUGAGGAGGAGGUCAAAGAGUACAUCAGGGUCAUAUCCGAGAGCCAGGUACAGCCGCUGGAUCUUAAACACUUGACCCAAGCUAGCGUGUCCAACAACAUCUGCUCCAUCGUCUUAGGCAAACGCUUCGAGUAUGACGACGAUGUCUUUGGAAACAACCUUAGGUUGAUGGAUGCCAUUGUUCACGAUUCUGGGGCGGGUGCCGCAGUCUCUUACCUGGCUUUUCUGCGACACCUGCCUGGAGAUUUCUUUAAGUUUAAGCGCUUUGUGGACAACAUGCGGCUUGUGAUGCAGAAGUUUAUUAAACCUUUUAUAGACGAGCACAACAGCAGGUUUGAGGAGGGUUCAUACGACGACUUUAUUGGCGCCUACAUCAUAGAAAUACAUCAUCAUCGCAACAGGCAGUCAGGGUCAACUCAUAUCAACGAUGUUAAUCUCCUGAAGUUAGUCUUCGACAUCAUCGUAGCUGGCUCGGAGACGACCUCUACAGCUAUCCGCUGGACUCUGGUUUACUUCCUUCACCACCCUGACGUGCAGGACAAGUGCUACGAGGAGAUCCACAGAGUUGUCGGCACAGAGCGAGCGCCCACCAUACAGGAUAGACCGCAGUUAGUUUACAUGGAGGCUGUCAUCAUGGAGGUUCUUCGUUAUGCCAACGUUGCGCCACUAAGUUUGCCACAUGCCACCCCAUGUAACGUGGAGUUUGGCGGAUACACGAUCCCUAAGGGCACUUUAGUCAUCCCCAACCUGGCUUCUGUGAUGAGAGAUCCGGAGACCUGGGGUGACCCCGACAGAUUCCGACCUGAACGUUUCAUUGGAGAGGACGGCAAACUGUGGAGACCUGAAGAGUUCAUUCCCUUCUGUAUGGGUCGGCGCAUCUGCUUGGGUGAAACGAUUGCUCGAAUGGAAUUACUUCUUUACAUUUCAACAAUGGUGCAACACUUCCAAUUCCUACCUCCGGAAACUGGAAAGCUGCCAUCUUUGCAAGGCCUGCUGGGAGCAGCCUAUUCCCCUAAACAUUUCAAAGUUCGAUCAGUGCCUAGGAUGUGUCUGAAAAAGGAAACAUCGGAAUGAAGUCAGCAAUGGAGAGGAUGGGAGUAUCUGAGGGCAGUGGACAUGGCUGCAGUAAAUCAGCGCGGAACAGUCUCAGCUUUCUUUUUAACCCGUUGUUUUUAUGUUACACGUAGCUAAUACAGAUUGUUGACCAAGGAAGGCCCAUCAAACGAUUUCGGCGUCAAUCAAUGGUCAAAUGUUGUCAGGGUCCAACAUGAUUUGUAUAUGGCAUACCAAAAGCUAAUUUUAAACAUUUUGUGGGCCAAUUUGGUUAGAUUUUAUUUUACUUUACGAUUAUACUCAUCAGUUUUUUUCUCUCAGUGGAAACUGAGUUAUAGACAUGAUGAACUAUGAAUAAUGCUAUAUUAAAUUUGUGUUGAGGGUUGACAAUGGUCACAUUCUCGACCCACACCAUGGAGAUGUUUUACUUAUUAUUUAUUUAGAUCUUCUUUGCUUCAGGAAUAUUAAAGAAAGAAAACAACUUAUGUCGGUAAAAUACUUGAAACAUAGAAUUGUUGAUAAUCAUGUUGAGAUAGUUUCAAGCUGAUAUGUACAAAUAUAUGUGCAGUUUUACUUUUAAUGCCUGAAGUCAUGUGCAUGGAAUUUCUUUUCCCUGUGUAAUAUUUUUAUUUCUUGAUAAAAGCUCGAAAUUUUUUCCUGCUAUUUGAUUAAAACAUU